AAUACAAAAAAAAAACACGGUUGUUAUCUACUUGUCGAGGGACAGGGAAAAUAAGAAAGAAAAGUUUGCUCGUCUUCGAAUGUCUCAUCGCCGGUUUUAUACUGGCAGCGCUGCGGGUCUCAGACGGGAAAGCGGAACAGCUGCCACCUGGCUCGGAGUCGAGGAAGGCGCCAAUCUUGUCUCGAGCGCGGCCCCGCGCGGCCAGGUGCCUCGCCAGAGCACAAUCGGCGUCGACGUCGACGACAACGUUUCGGAUAAACAUGAUGGCUACACAGAAGUCGAAGGUUAACGACAGGAGUGUUUCCACUAAACCACGCAAGGAGAAGCCAGGCUUUUGUGAGACUGCAGGGCAGUGUAACCUCACUGUCUAUUCCGAGGGACUCGAUGAAAGCGUGGAGCCCAGUUACCAGGAGGAUCCGCAUGCGGUGGCAGCUCCUGUCAGAGGGAGAAAAAGGCCUUCCAUGGCAGAGCCUGAAGAAGAAGGCGAAGACUUUCCAAUUGGGGGAGAUGUGAGAUCUAUGCUUGAAAGAUUUGGAGCUGAUAUUAGGAAAGCACUUCUUGCAAAAAGAAAACGCCUUGAAAAUUGCAGCAAAUCUUCCCUGAAAACAAGUAAUGAGAAGAUAGAGCAGAUUUGGAAAGCACAGCAAAAUGACAGGAAUAAAUUGAAUGAUGACUACAGUAAGCAGUUCACAGCAGUAUUCCAGCAGUGGGAAAGUGACAUCCACAAAUCUAAGGAUCAGGAGGACAAACUGGAGAGCUUGUUCCGGCAGCAACAGAAGCUGUUCCAGCAAAUGAGGGUUAUACAAGGGCAGAGACUGAAGACACUGAAGCAACUCUUUGACCAGUACAUCAAGGCUUUUGAAGAGAUGGAGAAGACACAUAUCACUCAGCAUUCUGCUGUUCAGAAUGAGUUACGCAAAGAAAUGGCUCUCUUUCAGAAAAAAAUAUUGAUGGACACGCAACAGCAAGAGAUGGCUACAGUCCGCAAGUCCUUGCAGUCCAUACUGAUGUGAACACUGCAUGCUAGAUCAGAGAAAACAGAAGUUAAAAGGGCAAAAGGAUGACUUUAUUAAGUUUGAACUGUUCAGGAUUUUGUUCUAGUUCUUUCUUUGUAGCUUGCCCUAUUUGAACUUCACUGUUAAGUAACACUUUCUUGUAGAAAUGCAAUCAAUUACUUUUUAUUCCCAUCUUCUGCUAAAAUCAGUUGACAUGUUUCAUGUUCUUUACUACUAAUCUUUACAUGCAUUUUGAUGUAUUCUAUGUGGAUUACAUAAAAACAAGACAUUGUAAUAGAAAAAAGUCCAUACAAAUGACUUGUAUAUAAAACAAUUCUACAAAAAAUAAAAAUCACCUGUUAUCAUAAA